ACGCAGUGAGCGCCGCUUGUGUGGAAGGACGCAGCUAAUCCCUCCGUGACCUCUCCGCGCUGCAGAGUCCCGUCUGCACCGGAUGAGCCCGCAGGCACAUUUUAAACACCGGACAUUAGCAUCCAGGUACUUUAACGUUUGUGUGAAUCAUGGGGGAGCUGAGGUCCGCCGCUCCGGGGCCUCGUCUGGACCUGAACAACUUCGACUCGGCGGACGCGGAGAGGAGUCGGUACGUGCUUACGAGCCCGCGCUCUCUGGAGUCGUGCGCGCGUCUCGGCAUCAAACCUGUUGAACUUCUGAUCAAAUCGCUAAACGACUUGAUUGCUGAGCGGCGUGAUUUGCCCUUUGAUUCGAUGAGAGUCGUGCAUGAAUCCUACGAGAAAGAGAGACUGAAGCUUUUACAAAUGUGCCGAGAGGAGAGGGAGAGGAUUAUCCAGGCGGCCGGGGACAGGUGGCCGGCCGGUGAUAAGGUGUCAGGCCUGGAAGCGGUGCCUGAAACUAAACUCAAGGAUCACUCAAGGGACAGGAGACUGAAAACAAGGACCAUCUCCUAUGCAGAUCUGUGCUCUAAGGGGAAAUCAGUAAGCACGUGCUCUAACAGAGAGCCGGACAGCAGCACAGUGUGCAGCUUCAGCCUGGGAGACCUCAGACACACCCCGGCUACUGAGCUGCUGCUGGACAGGCUCACCAAUGACAUCAACAAGGAGAUGUGUGUCACGGUGUCAGAGAGAGACCGCAAGAUAGCAGCACUCAUGCUAGUGAAGCACCAGGAGGAGCAGGCUCUCCUCAAGCUUAGUUACCAGGAGGAACAGCAGCGUAAGGAGGCCCGCAGACUGGAGGAGGCCCAGCGAGCUCAGGAUGAGAAAAACAGGAGGAAGAAACUGAAGCAGAGCAUGCAACGCUGGCAUGAGGAGCUGGAGGCCCGCAAAAGGCUGAGGGAGCAACGGGCCAAAGAGAAAGCGGUCCAACUUGAGAUGGAGGUGCUGCUGCAGGAGGACCGCAGGAAGAGGCUGAUUGAGGAGGUGGAUGGACAACGCAGAGAGAAGAUAAAGGCUGCACAGAAGGAGGCAGGGGGGCGCAAACGCUACCAGGAGAAGCUGCUGAGAGAGAAGGAGGAGGUGGAGGAAAGGGAGCGAGAGAAGGAGAGGCAGGUGGCAGAGGAGAAGGAGCAGAGGGCCAAGAGGAGCAGAGUGUUGCAGGAGAAGAAAGAGAGGCAGAGGCUGCAGGAGGAGAACCGCAGGGAGCUGCUAAGACACAUCCUGCUGAAACAGCAGGUAGAGCAGCGGGCGGAGGAGGUCGAAGCACAGAUGAGGAGCACACUUGAGAAGAAGCUGCUGCACUCCUGUAAGAAACGGGUCCAGGUUGUGGAGGCGAGGCUGAUGGAGAUGCAGGAGCGGGCGGCCCGGGAGGAGGCUCAGAUGAGGAGAGCGCGGCAGAGGGCCGAGCUGCAGAGCAACCAGCAGCUGACACAAAAACAGAUCCUGGUGGAGCUGAGCAGGAGGCGCACGGAGAGAGCCACUGAGCACGCCUCCGCCCAGCAGAGGAGCAGAGCUCUGCAGACACAGCAGCACAACAAACACAGGCAGCUCUGCCACCAGAGGCUGAGGGAGAGGAUACAGAGAGAGGAGGAGGCCGCGAGGAGGGUCAGAGAGAGCCGCAUCUUCAUGAAGGAGUGGAGGAGGGAGAGGCUGCGGAGACAGAGGGAGCAGAUGCAGGAGGAGGCGCACAGGCUGGCUCGGGCCUCCUUUCACAUGAGGGAGAGAGUGAGACAGCAGACACACAGACGAACUUUUGAUCAGAUGGCUCUGGAGGCUCAGCUGAAUGCCCCCAUGAGCCGCCUCAAACUGUGAAAGAAACCAAAAACUCCCAUCCUGACUCCAGAAACACAUCAGCACCUCCUCUCAUAAGAACAGAGGCAGAAUGCUGCCAUGCCAGAAAAAAGA